AUGCCGUCGCUCGAAGAACCCAAGCAGAACGAGGCCCGUCUGCUGCUCGUUUCCAAUCGUCUCCCAAUUACCAUUAAGCGCUCCGAAGAUGGCAAAUAUGACUUCUCCAUGUCCUCGGGUGGACUGGUGAGUGGAUUGAGUGGAUUGUCCAAGUCGACGACUUUUCAGUGGUACGGCUGGCCCGGACUAGAGGUGCCCGAGGCAGAGAUCCCAGUGGUCAAGCAGCGCUUGAAGGAGGAAUACGGCGCAGUUCCGGUGUUUAUCGAUGAUGACCUCGCUGAUCGUCACUACAAUGGGUUUUCGAAUUCUAUUCUCUGGCCCUUGUUCCACUACCACCCCGGUGAAAUUACAUUCGACGAGUCGGCCUGGGACGCUUACAAGGAAGCCAACCGGCUAUUUGCCAAAGCCAUCGCCAAAGAAGUCAUGGAUGGAGAUCUGAUCUGGGUCCACGACUACCAUCUCAUGCUGCUUCCAGAGAUGCUCCGGGAAGAGAUCGGUGAUAGCAAGCAGAACGUCAAGAUUGGUUUCUUCCUGCACACUCCGUUCCCCAGUAGUGAGAUCUACCGCAUUCUGCCCGUUCGCAAUGAGCUUCUGCUGGGAGUUUUGCAUUGUGACCUGAUUGGUUUCCACACUUAUGACUACACCCGGCAUUUCUUGAGCAGUUGCUCGCGUCUACUGGGCCUUGCAACGACGCCCAAUGGAAUUGAAUUCCAGGGCAAGAUUAUUACCUGCGGCGCUUUCCCGAUUGGUAUCGACCCCGAGAAGUUCAAGGAGGGACUCAAGAAGGAAAAGGUGCAAAAGCGCAUCGCUAUGCUGGAACAGAAGUUCCAGGGCGUCAAGCUCAUGGUGGGUGUUGACCGUCUAGACUACAUCAAGGGUGUGCCCCAGAAGCUGCAUGCGCUGGAGGUCUUCCUCAGCGACCACCCGGAGUGGGUUGGUAAAGUGGUCCUGGUGCAGGUGGCGGUGCCGAGUCGCCAGGAUGUGGAAGAGUAUCAGAACCUGCGGGCUGUGGUUAAUGAAUUGGUCGGCCGUAUUAACGGGAAAUUCGGCACCGUCGAGUUUAUGCCGAUUCAUUUCCUCCACAAGUCCGUCAACUUUGACGAGCUCAUUGCUCUCUAUGCCGUGUCUGAUGCCUGCAUUGUCUCGUCCACUCGCGACGGUAUGAACCUCGUCGCGUACGAGUACAUUGCAACUCAGCAGAAGCGACACGGUGUACUCGUCCUCUCCGAGUUCGCCGGCGCCGCCCAAAGUCUGAACGGUAGUAUCAUUGUGAACCCGUGGAAUACGGAAGAGCUGGCUGGUGCCUACCAAGAAGCUGUCACCAUGAGCGAUGAACAGCGCGCCCUGAACUUUGCCAAGCUAGACAAAUACGUCUCCAAAUACACCAGUGCAUUCUGGGGCCAAUCCUUCGUCACCGAACUCACCCGGAUAUCCAACCAAUCCGCCGACAAGUUCCAAGCAAAGAAACUAGCAGUUGGUGCGUCCAACUUCGCGGACGGCAGCGUCACCCCGGAGCAGGUCGCGUAG